AUGUUGCGAUCCUUGACGCUCGUCGCCCUCGUGGGCGCCUCCUCGGUCCUCGCGACCAAGUGCUCCUUGGGCAGCAAGUGCCCCGAGGACACGCCCUGCUGCUCCCGUACGCUCCCCUCCCCUCCCCUCCCCUCCCGCUCCCCUCCCGGCCGUGCCGGCCGUCUCGACCAUGGCCGACUGACGCUUCCCGGUGCAGAGUAUGGCGAAUGCGGUGUCGGGGCCUUCUGCCUCGGCGGCUGCGAUCCUCGCUCCUCGUUCUCGCUGGAUUCGUGCACGCCCCAGCCCGUGUGCAAGGACACGACGACCAAGUUCACGUCCCUGGACAGCAUCGUCGACAUCAGCAAGUACCUCGGCGACCCCAGCCAGGCUGACUGGGUGGCCCAGGGCGAGCCGGCGAAGCUGGGCGACAGCGUCCUCCUGACCAUGCCCAAGAACAGCGUGGGGACGGUGCUCGCCUCGACGACGUACAUGUGGUACGGCAACGUCAAGGCCAAGUUCAAGACCAGCCGCGGCCGCGGCGUGGUGACGGCCUUCAUCCUGCUCUCCGACGUCAAGGACGAGAUUGACUACGAGUUCGUCGGCGUCGACUUGAACACGGCGCAGACGAAUUACUACUUUCAGGGAAUCCCAGACUACCACAACUCCGGAAACAUCUCCAUGUCGGACACGUUCAACAACUACCACGAGUACGAGAUCCGCUGGACCCCUGACAGGAUCGACUGGCUCGUCGACGGUCAGGUUGGCCGCUCGAAGGAGCGCAAGGACACGUGGAACGCGACGUCGCAGCAGUGGAUGUUCCCCCAGACGCCUGCCCGCGUCCAGCUGUCCCUCUGGCCCGGCGGCCUGGCGAGCAACGCCAAGGGAACCGUCGACUGGGCCGGCGGCGAGAUUGACUGGAAUUCCGAGGACAUCCAGACGGCCGGCUACUACUACGCCCAGUUUGCCGAGGUGACGAUGGAGUGCUACACCGCCAAGAGCGGCCCCGGCAGCAACAACGGCGUCAGCUACACCAUGUCGAACUCGGCGGGCACCAACGACACCAUCGUCGUCGGCUCCAAGAAGACGGUGCUCGGCUCCCUGCUCGCCUCGGGUCUCGACAUGGACAAGGGCAAGCUCUCGCCAUCGGCCUCGUCGAGCGCCCGCAAGUCCAAGGUGACGCAGGCGACCAUCCCCGGCGGCAGCGUCAACUCUGCAGGCAACGACCACAGCGGUUCCGGAAGCGGCGCGAGCAGCAGCGGAAGCAGCGGAAGCAGCGGCAGCUCCGACUCGGGCGACUCGACCGAUUCCAGCGAUGGCGGCGACUCGUCGUCCGGAAGCACAUCCGCCUGCGCCUCCAACAGCUUCAGCCAGGACUGCGGCGGCAAGACCGUCGAUGGCAGCGGCGGCAAGAGCGGCAGCGGCAAGGCGAGCACGAGCGCGCUGGCCAUGAUCAUCGCCGGCGCUGCCUUGUUCUGGUUGUAG